UUGAUGGCCGUUUCGACAGAUUUAAAUCCUUCAUCAGUCGCUGACAAUGGCAUUUGGGUGUUUGGAUAUGGCUCGCUCAUAUGGAAACCGCCUAUUUCUUACGAAGACAAAGUCGUAGGAUAUGUCAAGAAUUAUGUGAGGAGAUUCUGGCAGCAUAGUACCGACCAUCGUGGAACUCCAGAAGCACCUGGACGAGUUGUGACUCUAGUGCCCCACGCGGAAUGGAAGACGAUGGAUGACUAUCAUGAUCAUAAGGACGACGAUGUAUGUUGGGGAGUAGCGUUCAAAAUACCAGGCACAGAUGUUGAAACUACUAGAGCUUAUCUGGACCAUAGAGAGAAGAAUGGAUACACCGUGCACACUGUAGAUGUAUAUAGACCUAACGAGGAAGAGCCUGCCGUCCGAAAUGCACUGGUUUACAUUGGAACGACGGAUAAUGAAGCUUUUGUAGGCGGCGCCCCAGUAGACGACAUUGCGCAACAAAUUUAUGAAUCUUAUGGGCCGUCUGGCUGGAACGCCGAAUACCUCCUCAAUCUCGCCCAUGCGUUACGCGAGAUUGCUCCAGAAAGUCGUGACGAUCACGUAUUCGAGCUAGAACACAAAGUAAAAGCUAUCAUAGAAAGAAAUGAACAGGCUGAUAGCAAAUUAGAGAAAAUAUAAUCUAGUUUAGCAGAAGCAAAUGCAUCGGAAAUCAUAAGGGAAUUUUUAUAUUUUAGUUUUCAAGCAUUUAAAAUGGUAGAAGAAGAAA